AUGUCGAAGCCAGCAGAAGAAUACAUCGGAAACAAGACAUUGCCCGAGAAGUCGGUAGACGGCCUCGACCAGGAUGCCUUGUAUCAGGCCUAUGCCGCAAAAGACGGCGAGUGGCAUCGGAAGAUGACCAAGCAAUUGCUGCGAAAGGUCGACUUACACUUGCUGCCUUUCCUGGUCCUGAUGUACCUAUUGAACUUUUUAGACCGCAAUAACCUUUCUCAGGCCCGACUGGGAUCGCUCGAAAAAGACCUGGACAUGCAUGGAACCGACUACAAUCUAGCAACGAGUAUCCUCUUCGUUGGAUACCUCCUGAUGCAGCUGCCUUCUAACCUCCUGCUGACCCGCGUCCGACCUUCGCUCUUUCUGGGGAUGGCCAUGGCGCUCUGGGGUGUCAUCUCCGCAUGCCAAGCGGCAACGCAUUCGUUUAGUGGGCUGGUGGUGUCACGAUUCUUUCUUGGAUUUGUCGAAGCGCCUUUCUUUCCGGGCGCAAUCAUGCUUAUGUCGAGUUGGUAUACGCGACAAGAGUUAAGUCACAGAAUUGCCUGGUUCUAUGCUGGAAGCUCCCUUGCCAAUGCCUUCGGUGGCUUGAUUGGAGCUGGGGUGUUGGGAAACCUUGACGGGGCGCAUGGAAUUGCCGGAUGGCGCUGGUUGUUCAUCAUCGAGGGGGUAAUCACCGUGGGGGUGUCGAUCAUGUCGGCGAUCUUCCUGCCCAACUACCCAGCGACGACUUCCUGGCUCGAUGCAAGCGAACAGUCCUACGCGCAGUGGCGUCUGAUCAACGAUGCCGGCGAAGCCGAUGAUAGCAGCUCCAACAGCAUCAAAGAAGCUCUAUACCUCGUCUUCACGGAUAAACGAAUCUACCUCUUCAUCCUGCUACAACACACCUCCCUACUCUCGCAAAACUUCCAGUACUUCUUCCCCACGAUCGUACAGACACUGGGAUACAACAACAUCAUCACGCUGCUGAUUACCGCUCCGGUGUGGAUCGCGACCUUCCUGGUCUCCCUCGUCGUGACCUGGACAUCAGGCCGAAGCAACGAUCGCGGAAUCCACAUCAUCUCGCUGAUGAUGGUCAGCGUGGUGGGAUGCAUCAUCUGCACGGCGACCACCAAUCUCGGCGCCAAAUUCUUCGGCAUGUUCUUAAUGCCCAUGGGCGCGGUCUCCGCAUACCAGAUCAUCAUCGCGUGGGUCGCGAACUCAUUCCCCAGACCUUUAGUCAAGCGUUCGGCCGCUAUCGCCGUUGCGAACAUGAUUGGAAACACUGCAUCAAUAUACGGCAGCUACAUGUGGCCGUCAUCGUCCGGGCCACGGUAUAUCCCCGGUGGGAGUGCGACGGCUGGGGUGGCUUUUGUUGUUGCGGUGCUGGCCUUUGUCAUCCGGGUUGUCCAUGCGCGGUUGAAUAAGAGACUGGAAGAAGACGAGCAGCAGGCGGGUGAGGAGGAUGAUAUGGAUCGUCCAAAUCGCUUCAGGUAUAUUCUUUGA